AUGCUCGCCGACGAGGGCAUCGAUUCGGACAUCGAGGCCGAGGAGAACGAGCGAUACAACCGCCGACCGCGACCCGCGGAUGGACCGGUGGAGCGCUCCACCGAGAACGGCUUCCUGGCGCGUCAGCCGUGCAGAGGCGCGCUCGUCGCGCCCACGUCGCACGCGACCGGAUACAACACGCACGAGAAACCCGACCACCACCUCCAGCUGGACUUCGUCUACGGCUACCGCGCGCACGAUUCCAGGCACAACCUGGUGUACAACAUCGACGGACUGGUGACCUACCCGGCGGCCGCCACCGGGAUCGCCUACGACAGCCGCGAGCACACCCAGCAGUUCUUCACCAUGCACACCGACGACAUCGUCUCGCUCGCCAUGCACCCGGACCGGGAGAUCAUGGCCACCGGACAGGUGGGCAAGGACCCCACCAUCUGCGUUUGGUCGUCCACCACGUGCGAGCUGCUCGCGGAGCUGAAAGGGUUCCACCAGAGGGCCGUGGUGUCGCUAUCGUUCGACGGCACCGGCAAGUACCUGGCAUCCGUCGGUUUGGACGACGACCACUCGGUGGCCAUCUACGACUGGGCAUCCAGGCGCAUGGUCGCGAACAGCAAGGGGGACGAGAACAGGGUGUUCAACUGCGAGUACAACCCGUACGACGGGAGGUUGGUCACGGGUGGGGUGAAGCACAUAAAGUUCUGGGUGAUGGAGGGCGGAUACUUGGUCGGCAAGAGGGGCGUGUACGGGCGCAUGGGCGCGGUUUCGACCAUCCUGUCCAUCGCGUUUCACACCGACGGCUCGACGCUGACCGGGACGCAGGGCGGGAUCAUCUACCAGUGGGCGGACGGCGGCGAGCAGUGCAUCCAAAAGUUUGAGGCUCUGCACCAGGGCCCGGUGCACGACAUAUUUGUCAACGACGAUUACAUCCUCACCGGCGGGAAGGACGGGAAGGUUAAUUUUUUCACGCAGUACAUGGAGAAGGUGUUCACCAUAGACAUGGCCAAGGUGGUAGAGACCAUCACGGAUCUCCAGGGUAAGCCGCUCUGCAGCUACGACGGAAAGGCGCCGUGCGUCAAGUCGCUGUUCAUGGAGGGGACCCAGCUGCUCGUGGGCACCAAGGGCAGCGAGAUCUUUGAAUUCGACAUGAGCACCGAGGACAGCUGGAAGACGCGCCGACGGAUCAUCACGCAGGGGCACAGCGCCGGGUACGACGACAAGCGAAGGAUUCAGACCAGCGAGCUGUGGGGUCUCACGACGCACCCAUUCCUGCCCCAGUUCGUCAGCGCGGGCGACGAUAAGACACUGCGCGUGUACGAUAUGUACCAGCGAAGGCAAAUUGCGGUUAGGAACGUGAGCUCAAAGGUUCGGUCCGCGGCGUACUCGCCGGAUGGAAAGUUCAUCGCCGCCGGUUUCUUCGGCGGCGGCUUCAUCGUCUUCGACACCAACACCGGCAACGAGCUCAUCGCGAAGAAGCACAGGAGGGAGUGCAUAGGCGACAUCAAGUUCUCGCCCUCCGGCAGGUGGCUGGCCGUGGGAAGCCACGAUAACUUCGUGGAUGUGUAUGACGCCUCGAGAAAUUUCAAGCGCGUCGGCGUGUGCAAGGGUCACAGCAGCUACAUCACCCACCUGGACUGGAGCGAGGACAGCCGGUACUUGCAAACAAACAGCGGCGACUAUGAGCUGAUGUUCUGGGAGAUUCCCGGGUGCGAGCAGGUCAAGUUUCCCACGGCGCUCAAGGACACGAAGUGGGACUCGUGGACCUCAACCCUGGGCUGGCCAGUGCAGGGCGUGUGGCCGAAGCACGCAGACGGCACGGACGUGAACGCGUGCUGCCGCAGCGCAGACGGCACCGUGGUGGCCACCGCGGACGACUUUGGUUUGGUAAAACUGUUCAGGUACCCCAGUGACGUGGGACGGGCGGAUUACCACGGCUACCUGGGCCACAGCUCGCACGUCACCAACUGCAGGUUCAGCUACAACGACGAGUUUCUCAUAACCGUCGGAGGCAACGACCGCUGCGCGUUCCAAUGGCGGCACUACGAAGCGGACGAGGGGGACGAGGAGAUGACGAGCGAGGUUGAGGAGGAGGUGCUGACGUCGGUGGAGGAUUACGAGGAUUUUUCAAAGACGAACCAGGUUGUGCAGAUGGUGAUGACGGGUCACAUUAACGGGGUGCCGCAGUACAUGCCGCUCUCCUCGCUGGAGGCUAAGCCCAGCCGCGAGAUUCCGCAAGGGUCGGGGCUCGAUCCCGCUGCGGAGCUCGAGUUUGUCCACGGGUACCGAGCGCACGAUACCCGCGAUAAUUUAUUUUACACCGCCAGGGGCGAGGUGGUCUAUCACACGGCGGCGCUCGGCAUCGUGUACAACCGCGAGAGCAACACCCAGCGAUUCCUCGCGGAUAACCCCACGGUCGACGGCAUCACCGGUCACACCGAUGACAUCCUGUGCUGCGCGAGGCACCCCACCGGGAGCAUAUUCGCAACCGGCGAGGUCGGCAGGAACCCGAAGCUGAUUGUCUGGUCCAGCGACGACCCGCGGCGACCGCUUGCGAUCCUCCAGGGCUUCCUCAAGAAGGCCAUCGUGUCCGCGACGUUCUCCAGGGACGGUACGCUGCUGUGUGCGGUGGGCGCGGACGCGAACCACUCGCUCGCGGUGUACAGGUGGCAGACGGGCACGAUGCUCGCGUCGGCGAAGGGUUCGCCCGAGAAGAUUGUCACCGUCUCGUGGUCCCCGUUUCAGGACUACGUGGUGACGUGCGGCGUGAAGCACCUGAUGUUCUGGAGCACGUCUCCGUUUGUCGCGCGGAAGGCGCUGUUCUCCAAGCGGGGUAAGAUUCAGACCAUGCUGUGCUGCUGCUUUCCGGGCCCCGACACCACCGUGGUGGGGACGCAGGACGGAAGCCUCUAUCUGUUCAAAGGGUACCAGCUCGCGACGAACAUGCGCCGGUGCCACCAGGUGACCCACGCGGUCAUCGCCACCAGGGACGUCGUGAUAUCGGGUGGUAAGGAGGGCAAGGUUAAGUUUUGGACAAUCGACCUGAUGCAGUGCCUGAAGGAGGUUGAGAUUAACCACCCGCAGGCGAUGUCGGGGUGCAUCAAGGCGAUGCACCUGUCAGGGAGCAUGCUCAUCCUCGGGACCCGCACUGGCGAGAUUUACGAGAUGGACACCACCUCGUACACGUACACGCUGAUGCUCCAGGGUCACGGGUACGGAACCGUGUGGGGGCUCGCCACGCACCCGGGGGAGCAUCAGAUGUGCACCGUGGGCGACGACUGCACCGUGCGCGUGUGGGACGUCGCCAGCCGAAGGAUGGUCAUGGUUCGCGAUUUGGGCGCAAAGGGAAGGAGCGUCGCGUAUCACCCGGAUGGAUCGCAGAUUGCCAUCGGUCUCGCGGGCGGCGGGCUCGUGGUUCUCAGCGCGGAUAGUCUGGACACCAUACACGCCAAGAAGGACAGGGAGGAGCCCAUACACGAGCUCAAGUACUCGCCGAACGGUCAGUACCUGGGCGUGGGUUCGCACGAUAAUUACAUCGACGUGUACGACGUGGGCAAGCAGUACGGACGCAUGGGGGUCGCGAAGGGUCACGCGAGCUACAUCCGGCACAUAGACUGGUCCGAGGACAGCACCGUGAUGCAGAGCAACUCCGGGGACUUUGAGAUGCUCUUCUGGGAGAUGCCGAGCGGUAAGCAGAUUAAGUUUCCGGCUGAUACCAGGAACAUGGACUGGGCGACGUGGACGUGCGUCGCGGGCUGGCCAGUGCAGGGCAUCUUGCCCCGAUACUCCAUGGGCACCGACGUGACCACGUGCGAUAGGAGCCACACCAGGACGGUCGUCGCGAGCGGGGACCAGUUCGGUAUGCUCAACAUGUAUCAGUACCCAGCGCAUAAGGGAUGCGCAGGUCGAACGUUUGGCGCGCACUCGGCCAAGGUGACACAGGUGAGGUUCAUGUUUGACGACACCUACCUCAUCACGGUGGGUGCGGACAUGACGCUGUGUCAGUGGCGCAUCGUGUUGUGAACACUCAAAUUAGUUAGCGAACGAUUCAUAACACGACGUCAGAUUGAUC